CCUUGAGGGCGGCGCUUCUUCCCUCCCUCUCUUCUCUUCUGCCUGCGGUCUCCGCUGUCUGCGCCACUCAUCUCACACCUUCUCCUCUCAACCUUCCCGUUCUGGCUUUCCCUCGUCGUCCUUGUGAAUAAGCAUUCCUGUUUGGGCUCCAAGCGCGGACGGUAUCCGGAUCCUUAUUCUACCAGCAGAACCAGAUCUGUUGCUUGUCAACUGAAGAAAACCAUUUAUAUGCAUAUAUAAUCCCACUGCCACGGUUAUAAAUCCGUCUCAGUGGUCAAACUCCCGGCCUUUCUCAGAUUUACCUCGUUCGGCGACUUGCGUAUUCAAUACCCUUUAAAACACUGAUAUUUACUUGGUUUGAACAGAGAGCUAAGUUUUCCCGAAUAUAAAGUCGGCACCUAAUAAUCAAUAGAAGGAAUUUCCUGGAUUUUAUCGAACGAUGUCCAGUUCCCUUUCCUUCAUACAACUUCCGACUGGCUCUUCUUGUGCUCUUCCCCGCAUCAACAACCCUCAACUCAAUGUACGCCCUUCAAAUAAAGUCGGUGGCAGAGUCACGCGAUGCUCGGCUGCGAGGAAAUCAUCAUGCUUGAUGGAGAAGAACAUUUUGGGAAGCCGAUUGCGUCCGUGCAGGGCGCCGGGAUCGGAAAAACUACACGUUUGGAAAUCAGAUGGUCCUGGACGGUCGCCUAAGCUGAGGGUGGUUGUUCGAUCGGCAUUCUCGGCGGUGCCGGAGAAGCCGCUCGGCCUCUAUGAUCCGGCUUUGGAUAAGGACUCUUGUGGGGUUGGAUUCGUCGCGGAAUUAUCGGGCGAGAGCAGUCGCAAAACGGUGACUGAUGCUCUGGAGAUGUUGGUGCGCAUGUCACACAGAGGUGCCUGUGGGUGUGAAACCAACACUGGAGAUGGAGCCGGCAUUCUCGUGGCUCUUCCUCACGAGUUUUAUAGGCAGGUUGCUAGGGAUGUGGGAUUUGAGCUUCCACCACCUGGACAAUACGCUGUUGGCAUGUUUUUCUUGCCCACGUCAGAAAGUCGUAGGGAAGAAAGCAAAAAAAUAUUUAAAGAGGCUGCCGAAUCUCUUGGACACUCGGUUCUCGGUUGGCGUUCUGUGCCUACUGAUAACUCAGGAUUGGGUAAAUCUGCCCUACAGACAGAACCGGUCAUUGAGCAAGUGUUCCUUUCACACAGUCCUCGAUCAAAACUUGAUCUGGAAAGACAGAUGUACAUAUUAAGAAAGGUCUCUAUGGCAGCUGUUGAAUCUGCAUUAAAACUCCAACUUGAUGGCAUUAAAGAUUUCUAUAUCUGUUCACUUUCAUCAAGGACUAUUGUUUACAAGGGUCAGUUGACUCCUGCACAAUUGAAGGAUUACUAUUUUGCAGACCUUGGUGAUGAAAGGUUUACGAGCUACAUGGCCCUGAUACACUCACGAUUUUCUACCAACACAUUUCCAAGCUGGGAUCGUGCUCAGCCUAUGCGUGUAUUGGGCCACAAUGGAGAAAUCAACACACUCAGAGGCAAUGUUAACUGGAUAAAGGCACGUGAGGGUCUACUCAAGUGCAAGGAACUUGGUUUGCCAGAGAGUGAGUUGAGGAACCUUUUGCCCAUUGUGGAUGCAAAUUCAUCAGAUUCAGGAGCAUUUGAUGGUGUUCUUGAAUUUUUGGUUCAAUCUGGAAGAAGUCUUCCUGAAGCUGUCAUGAUGAUGAUUCCUGAAGCAUGGCAAAAUGACAAGAACAUGGACCCUCAGCGUAAAGCGUUUUAUGAGUACUUCUCAGCUCUCAUGGAGCCAUGGGAUGGGCCUGCUCUUAUCUCAUUUACCGAUGGCCACUAUCUUGGAGCUACUUUGGAUAGGAAUGGGUUGCGACCUGGCCGUUUCUAUGUCACCCAUAGUGGAAGAGUCAUAAUGGCAAGUGAAGUUGGUGUUGUAGACAUUCCUCCUGAGGAUGUGUGUAGGAAAGGACGACUUAACCCUGGCAUGAUGCUUCUGGUCGACUUUGAAAAGCGUGUUGUUGUAAAUGAUGAUUCCUUGAAGGAACAAUAUUCAAUGGCAAGGCCGUAUGGAGAGUGGCUCAAGAGGCAGAAGAUUGAACUCAAAGACAUAGUUGACUCUGUACACGAGUCCCAAAGAGCAGCACCAGCCAUAGCAGGAGUGGUGCUAGCAUCUGAUGAUGAUGCAAACAUGGAAAAUAUCGGUAUUCAUGGUUUAUUAGCUCCGUUAAAAGCAUUUGGUUAUACAAUUGAAUCCUUGGAAAUGUUAUUGCUUCCCAUGGCAAAAGAUGGUGUUGAAGCUCUUGGAUCGAUGGGAAAUGAUACUCCAUUAGCUGUCAUGUCUAAUAGAGAGAAGCUGACCUUUGAAUACUUCAAGCAAUUGUUUGCCCAAGUGACAAACCCACCGAUUGAUCCUAUCCGUGAGAAAGUAGUCACUUCCAUGGAAUGUAUGAUUGGUCCAGAAGGUGAUCUGACAGAAACUUCAGAGGAACAAUGCCACCGUCUUUCACUAAAAGGCCCCCUUCUAUCCAUUGAAGAAAUGGAAGCCAUAAAAAAGAUGAAUUAUAGGGGCUGGCAGAGCAAAGUUAUAGACAUAACUUACUCUAAGGACCGUGGUAAUAGAGGAUUGCAGGAAGCCUUGGACAGAAUUUGUGAAGAGGCACAUGAUGCGAUUACUAAAGGAUAUACAACACUUGUGCUGUCUGAUAGAGCAUUCUCAAGGAACCAUGUCGCUGUGAGCUCUCUUCUGGCUGUUGGUGCUGUCCAUCAAUACCUAGUUAAAACACUUGAACGCACUAGGGUUGCUUUAAUAGUUGAAUCUGCCGAGCCACGUGAAGUACAUCAUUUCUGUGCCCUUGUUGGCUUUGGUGCUGAUGCUAUUUGCCCAUACUUGGCCUUGGAGGCUAUCUGGCGGCUACAAGUUGAUGGAAAGAUCCCACCAAAAGCAAGUGGUGAAUUCCACUCAAAAGAUGAAUUGGUCAAGAAGUAUUUCAAAGCAAGUAACUAUGGAAUGAUGAAGGUUCUUGCCAAGAUGGGAAUAUCUACUUUGGCCUCUUACAAAGGCGCUCAGAUCUUUGAAGCUCUGGGUCUUUCAUCAGAAGUAAUUGAAAAAUGCUUUGCUGGCACUCCUAGUCGUGUUGAGGGUGCUACAUUUGAGAUGCUUGCUCGAGAUGCACUUCAACUGCACGAGUUGGCAUUCCCUUCUCGUGUUUUCUCUCCAGGAAGUGCAGAAGCUCUUGCACUGCCAAAUCCUGGGAAUUAUCAUUGGAGAAAAGGUGGUGAACUUCACCUAAAUGAUCCACUUGCUAUUGCGAAACUUCAAGAGGCUGCCAGAACCAACAGCAAAGAUGCAUAUAAACAGUAUUCUAAGCUAAUUCAUGAACUAAAUAAGGCUUGUAAUUUGCGUGGUCUGCUAAAAUUCAAAGAGUCAGCCGUGAAGAUUCCCCUUGAUGAAGUGGAGCCAGCUAGUGAGAUAGUUAAACGAUUUUGCACUGGUGCCAUGAGUUAUGGGUCAAUAUCAUUGGAGGCCCACACAACACUGGCAAUGGCUAUGAAUUCGAUUGGAGGAAAAUCCAACACAGGUGAGGGAGGUGAGCAACCAUCUCGCAUGGAGCCUCUUCCUGAUGGCUCAAUGAAUCCAAAACGGAGUGCCAUUAAGCAAGUUGCCAGUGGAAGAUUUGGAGUGACAAGUUACUACCUUACAAAUGCUGAUGAAUUGCAAAUAAAGAUGGCCCAGGGAGCAAAGCCAGGCGAAGGAGGUGAACUUCCAGGCCACAAAGUUGUAGGAGAGAUUGCUGUCACCAGGAACUCAACUGCUGGGGUAGGACUCAUCAGUCCUCCUCCCCAUCAUGAUAUUUACUCCAUUGAAGACCUUGCACAGUUGAUUCAUGAUCUGAAGAAUGCCAACCCAGCUGCCAGAAUCAGCGUGAAGUUAGUAUCUGAAGUUGGAGUAGGCAUUGUUGCUAGUGGAGUUGUUAAAGGGCACGCCGAUCAUGUUUUGAUCUCAGGUCAUGAUGGGGGUACAGGAGCAUCUAGAUGGACUGGCAUAAAAAAUGCUGGUCUUCCUUGGGAGCUUGGCUUGGCUGAGACCCACCAAACUUUGGUUGCAAAUGACUUGCGUGGUCGCACAGUUCUCCAGACGGAUGGACAGCUCAAAACUGGUAGAGAUGUUGCCAUAGCUGCAUUGCUUGGUGCUGAAGAGUUUGGUUUCAGCACAGCUCCACUGAUUACUCUUGGGUGCAUCAUGAUGCGAAAGUGCCACAAGAACACUUGUCCUGUUGGCAUUGCCACUCAAGAUCCAGUGCUUAGAGAGAAGUUUGCAGGAGAAUCUGAGCAUGUUGUCAACUUUUUCUUCAUGGUGGCAGAAGAGAUGAGAGAAAUUAUGUCUCAGCUUGGAUUUCGUACUGUAAAUGAGAUGGUCGGCCGUUCAGAUAUGCUUGAGGUCGACAAAGACGUAACUAAAAGCAAUGAUAAGAUGGAGAACAUUGAUCUCUCACUGUUGCUUAGACCUGCAGCUGAAUUACGUCCAGAAGCUGCUCAAUACUGUGUGCAAAAACAAGAUCACAGUUUGGACAUGGCCUUGGACAAUAAGCUUAUCAGUCUGUCUAGUGCUGCUUUGGAAAAGGCUCUUCCAGUGUACAUUGAAACUCCAAUCUGCAAUGUAAAUCGUGCUGUGGGAACCAUGCUUAGCCAUGAGGUAACUAAGCGGUACUGCUUGGCUGGUCUUCCAACUGAUACCAUUCAUAUUAAAUUUUCUGGAAGUGCGGGCCAGAGUUUUGGUGCAUUUCUUUGUCCUGGCAUCACUUUGGAACUUGAAGGGGAUAGCAAUGACUAUAUUGGCAAAGGAUUAUCUGGUGGUAAGAUUGUAGUAUACCCUCCCAAGGGAAGCAACUUUGAUCCUAAGGAAAAUAUUGUAAUUGGCAAUGUGGCAUUAUAUGGUGCAACAAAGGGUGAGGCUUAUUUUAAUGGGAUGGCAGCAGAAAGAUUUUGUGUACGUAAUUCUGGGGCCAAGGCUGUUGUGGAAGGUGUUGGUGAUCAUGGAUGUGAAUACAUGACUGGUGGAACUGUUGUUGUGCUUGGGAAAACUGGUAGAAAUUUCGCAGCUGGUAUGAGUGGUGGUAUUGCUUAUGUGCUAGAUGCUGAUGAAAAAUUCCGCUCUAGAUGCAACCUUGAGCUUGUUGAUCUCGACAAGGUUGAAGAAGAGGAGGAUAUUAUGACUCUCAGAAUGAUGAUACAGCAACAUCAACGCCACACAAAUAGUAAACUUGCCAAAGAAAUGCUUGACAAUUUUGAGCACCUUGUCCCUAAAUUUAUCAAGGUGUUCCCCAAGGAGUAUAAACGCGUACUUGCAAAUAUGAAGGCUGAGGCAGCCUCUAAAGAGACAGUAGAGGCUGUUGCUAAAGAUGCAGAAGAUGAAGAUGAAGCACAACCGGUGGAAAAAGAUGCCUUUGAAGAACUUAAAAAACUGGCUGCUGCAUCUCUGAAUGAAAAACCAAGCCAGGCUGAACAGGCUAAAACAUCCAAGAGACCUCAUCACGUUGCUAAUGCUGUCAAACAUAGAGGUUUUGUUGCCUAUGAGCGUGAGGGUGUUCAGUACCGUGACCCUAAUAUUCGAAUGAAUGAUUGGAAAGAGGUCAUGGAGGAGGGGAAGCCUGGCCCACUUUUGAAGACACAAUCAGCUCGUUGCAUGGAUUGUGGUACUCCUUUUUGUCAUCAGGAAAAUUCUGGAUGCCCCCUUGGAAAUAAAAUACCCGAAUUUAAUGAGUUAGUAUACCAAAAUAGGUGGCGUGAAGCAUUAGAUCGCCUUCUUGAGACAAACAACUUUCCAGAGUUUACUGGUCGGGUGUGUCCGGCACCUUGUGAAGGUUCCUGUGUCUUGGGCAUCAUUGAGAAUCCUGUAUCUAUAAAAAGUAUUGAAUGUGCCAUAAUAGACAAAGCUUUUGAGGAGGGUUGGAUGGUGCCACGACCUCCACUUAAGAGAACUGGGAAAAGAGUUGCUGUUGUUGGAAGUGGACCGGCAGGCUUGGCCACAGCUGAUCAACUAAAUAAAAUGGGUCAUACGGUAACUGUAUAUGAGAGAGCUGAUAGGAUUGGAGGGCUUAUGAUGUAUGGGGUGCCGAACAUGAAAGCUGACAAAGUGGAUGUUGUUCAACGCCGGGUCAACCUUAUGGCCGCAGAAGGAGUCAACUUUGUGGUGAAUGCCAAUGUUGGGGUUGAUCCUUUGUUCUCUCUUGAUCGGCUUCGAGAAGAAAAUGAUGCUAUUGUCUUAACUGUAGGAGCUACAAAGCCAAGGGAUCUUCCAGUACCAGGACGGGAUCUUUCAGGAAUUCAUUUUGCCAUGGAAUUUCUUCAUGCAAACACGAAAAGCUUGCUAGAUAGUAAUCUUGAGGAUGGCAGUUAUAUUUCUGCCAAGGGUAAGAAGGUUGUUGUCAUCGGUGGGGGUGACACUGGCACAGAUUGCAUUGGGACAUCCAUUCGUCAUGGGUGUAGUAGUGUUGUGAAUUUAGAGCUGCUUCCUCAGCCACCACAAACUAGGGCCCCAGGCAACCCUUGGCCACAGUGGCCUCGCAUAUUCCGUGUAGACUAUGGGCACCAGGAAGCUGCAGCUAAAUUUGGAAAGGAUCCAAGAUCUUAUGAAGUUCUAACCAAGCGUUUCGUGGGGGAUGAGAAUGGGAUCGUGAAAGGACUUGAAGUGGUCCGGGUAUGCUGGGAGAAGGAUGAAACUGGCAAGUUUCAAUUUAAGGAAAUUGAGGGUUCUGAGGAGAUUAUCGAGGCCAACUUGGUUUUGUUAGCCAUGGGAUUCCUUGGCCCCGAGUCUACAAUUGCUGAUAAAUUGGCGUUGGAGAAAGACAAUAGGUCAAACUUCAAGGCAGAUUAUGGCCGCUUCUCAACCAGCGCCAAAGGGGUCUUUGCUGCUGGGGAUUGUCGUCGUGGCCAGUCCCUUGUGGUGUGGGCAAUCUCAGAGGGACGACAAGCUGCUACUCAAGUUGAUAAGUACCUCUUCGAAGAAGAGAGAGAACACAACAUGGAUGAGAACCAGGAGGAACUUAUUAAGAGGCAGGAAGACCUUACUAAGAAGCACCAAGACAAGCACACAGUAAUGACAUGAAAGGUUCACAUGAUUUUUCAUCUCGUAUAAUACCAAAAGGAAUUGCACAGUAUAAUCAGUAUAUUUCCAAGGGAUCUCCCGAGAUUGGAUAUGGAUUUUGAUUGGCUUUCCAUAGGCAUUCUUUGUUGGUACGCCAGAAAGACCAGAAUAAUACGAUAUUUGUCUUUGGUGUUAGUGGUUUUUUGGGGUAUAUAAUUUCCGCAUAUUGAAUCUGUGUUUAUAACUUAAAUGCAGGCUUUUUGUCGGAAAGGUUAGUUAUUUUGGCAGUUUAUGUAAUGUACAGUUUGCUUUUUAAUUAUUUAAGGGUAUGGCAUUGCUUAUAUUAGUGAAUA